UGACAUUGUUUGUAGUUUUUUAUUUUUAUUUUUUUUUUGAAUUAUGUCAUUGGUUUUGUCUUGAAGCAUAUAUCUCACCUCGCAUAGAUAAAUCGCGUAAGAACUUAAUUAAUCCUUUUUAAACUAUUUAUACACAAGGCAUUCCACUUUGACUCCCUGCUGACUGGGUAUCCAACCAACUGAUCUUCCUGCUGCUGAACAUUGUUGCACUCUUCUCGUUUUGUUUACUUGACUUUAGAGCAGAGUCAGAAGUAGUAGUUUCUAGGAGCAGGUGAGCACAUGUCCAGUCCUAGAGACUAUUUUAAAACCAAAUGGUGAUGGGGAUAUUCUUUUUGAACUAUACUGUUUCUUCUAUAUGCUACUCUUAUCCAAGUGAUGAUACAUGGUUUUCUUGCCAUAUAAAGCGUGAAAUGAUAAAUUUUCAUUUCACCAUCAACUCAAAACAACAUUGUCAAUUAUGCAUUUGAGGUAUGAAAUAUAAGUUCUCUUUUUUCUUCAUGCACAUUUAAAUAUCUCAGAUGACAUCUGCAUUAAUUUUCAGCUAUCAAUAUUCAUCUUUAUUACUUCAUUGACCUUUUUCCUUAUUUGUAGGGAAAAUAAAAAUCUCACUGGCACAGCUCGUUAUGCAAGCGUAAACACCCAUCUUGGAGUUGAACAAAGCAGAAGGGAUGAUCUGGAAUCUCUUGGUUAUGUUCUUAUGUACUUCCUCAGGGGAAGCCUCCCUUGGCAGGGCCUGAAAGCUGGCACUAAAAAACAAAAAUAUGACAAAAUUAGUGAGAAGAAGAUGCUUACACCCGUAGAAGUUCUUUGUAAAUCUUAUCCAUCGGAGUUCAUAUCAUAUUUCCAUUAUUGUCGAUCAUUACGAUUUGAGGACAAGCCUGAUUAUAUGUACUUGAGGAGACUUUUCCACGAGCUCUUUAUUCGAGAAGGUUAUCAGUUGGACUAUGUGUUCGACUGGACUAUAUUG